GAAAGAAAGAAAGAAAGAAAGAAAGAAAGAAAGAAAGAAAGAAAGAAAGAAAGAAAGAAAGAAAGAAAGAAAGAAAGGAAAAGAAAAGAAAGUGUCCCUACCAGCUUGGCCUGUGGGAAAGACUGCAGAGCAUUUUCUUGAUUAAUGAUUGACGUGAGAGGGCCAGCCCACUGUGGGCGGUGUUAGCCCUGGACUGGUGAUCCUGGGUUGUAUAAGAAAGCAGGCUGAGCAAGCUUGGAAGAGCAAGCCAGUAAGCAGCACUUCUCCAUGGCCUCUGCAUCAGCACCUGUCUCCAGAUUCCUGUUCGGCUUGACUUCCUGUCCUGACCUCCCUCAGUGAUGAACUAUUACCUGGAGGUGUAAGCAAAAUAAGCCUUUUCUGCCCUGAGUUGCUUUUGGUCACAGUGUUUUAUCACAGCAAUAGAAGUCCUAACUAGGACAGCAUCUAUCUGCCUGCCUGCCUGCCUGAGUGCUAGGAUUGCCACCUUGUGGCUUUAUGUGGGGCUGGGGCUUGAACACCAGGCUUUGUGCAUGCUAGGUAAAUAAUUCUACCAACUGAGCUAUAUCCAGGCCCUGUACCUUACGUUUUAAAAAACCCAACAGGUCUGAAGGAGAAUGGCUUCAUCCGGCCCCCCUACCUUUGCAGCUUUGCAGCAUCUAGCCUUCUAGCCCUGGAUUCUCAGUCACCUGUUAGCUGACUCCGCUCUGACCUGGUCCGAGUGAGUAGGACAGAUGGCAAGGUCCACAGUACGGGGGGAGGGGGUUCCACAGCCCUGCCUUCUCUCUCAUUCCCAGGACAGUUCCAAAGUUCACCCUGAGCACUAGGGGCACUGCCCUUCCUCCCUCCCCAGGAGCAAGAUGUAAGCCCGGGAUUGAUGAUGCAGAAUAAAGGUGGUAGACGCAGUCCCUGAGCGGCAGAUAGAGAGCAGGCCUGCUCCUCCCACCACAGCCCCAGGUUCAAGUGGGUGGAGACAGGGUGUGGAGGACAGCAGGUGCGCAGGUCGGUUGCACCCAGGAAUAGGACUUCCUCCAGCUACCCUUGAAGGCUGGCUUCCAGCUCAGGUAAGGGACCCAAGGGGCUGUCCUGGUCUGUGGGCUGGCUUUGGUAAGGUACUGUCUGUCCUGGGUGAGGGGAACCUGCCUUGCCCUCCUUUUAUGACUACCUAGCUUCCGGAGCUACAUUCCCUGAGGUGCGGGUCUGUGUCUUCUUGGUUCCUACCUGUGACCUGUUUAUCGCUGUGCCUUGGGUGCUGCUGGUUAGGUCAUUUGUCUUUCCUUCCUCAGUCUUCCUCCCUUCGGAUGGGCUUGUGCCUCACUUAGCCUCUUCUCAGGGUCCUAACCUCUGUUAGUCUCUCAUGAGACACUGGGAGUGUCUUCUUUCUUGGGGGUAUGCCAUGAGAUACAAAGUCACAGAAUUUCAAACUGCUGGAGGCUCAGGGAACACUCUGGCCGUGGACUAGUCCAGUGAGCAACACCAUCCAUUGUGAGGCUUGCCGUGAAGCAGGCUGCAUAGUGACCUCUCUGUACAUUGGUGGGCUGGGGUGGGUAAGGGCUCAGAACGCCUGCUGGGCUCCAGGGUAGAUAAAGUGUCGCUGUCCUGGGGACCAAGGAUAAUGGCAUUCCUUGGUCAGCCUUGGUCAGCUGCCCAGGUUCAUCUGGGGUCAGCUAAAAUCUCUCAGAUCCCCAUCAGAGAAACCCAAGUUUAGGAUUUCCAAAAGAAACAGAUGUCUUUGUUAAGGAGCAUAGAAUGCUAACUGGCCUUGUGAAGGGCCCACACCUGGCUCCUGGACGCCAAAUGGCGUGGGCCUGGCCUUGAGGCUCCCAGAGAGAAGUCCUGCACUGAGAGACCCUGGCAUGAAGCCCUGAGUUCAGUCCCGAGCGGGGGCUCCUCAUGGGAGAAUCAAGAAAGCAGGGGCCCAGAAGAAGAGGGAGGGCAAGGCCUAUCUAAGGGGUUCACGUGGGGCUCCAUUAACCCUUGAUAGUGACAUCAAAAAUGACUGUCCUUUCUCUACCGGAGUCCUCAGACAGUACCUCAUGCACUGACCCCCAGGCUCUGUGACAAUAUUGGGCCUGACCGGCUGGACUCUGGACACUGCAUGUUGCCUUUUUUACUGUGGCUGUCCUGGCUACUGGCCUGGCCAAGGGGGGCUGUCUGAGUCCCACAUUUGACAACAUCUGAGGAAAGUUGGGAUGUGUUAAGACCCUUCCUUUAGAAGGCUGGGGUUGGGACAGCAGGUGGAAUCUGAAUGUCCUCUGCUGCCCACCUAACCCUUGCAGCUCUGCUCCUCCUGCCAUGGGACGCUCCUGGAAGGAACGGGUCUUCAUAGCCCUCUUGGGGAUUGCAGCAGCCUCUGGCCUCACCAUGCUCAUCCUCAUCCUGGUGAAGGCAACCGAUGUCUUCCUGCCUGCAGACACCAAGUUUGGGAUCGUGUUUGACGCCGGCUCCUCCCACACAUCCCUGUUUGUGUACCAGUGGCCAGCAAACAAGGAGAAGGACACAGGAGUGGUCAGCCAGGCCCUGACUUGCCAGAUAGAAGGACCUGGGAUCGCUUCCUACACCUCUGACCCAACGCAGGCUGGGGAAAGCCUGAAGAGCUGCCUGGAAGAGGCACUGGCUUUGAUCCCACAGACCCAGCACCAAGAGACGCCCACAUUCUUGGGGGCCACAGCAGGAAUGAGGCUGCUCAGCCGGAAGAACAGCUCUCAGGCGAGAGACAUCCUAGCUGCAGUCUCCCAGACACUGAGCAACUCUCCUGUGGAUUUUUGGGGUGCCAAGAUCCUGGCUGGGCAAGAUGAAGGUGCCUUUGGUUGGAUCACCAUCAACUAUGUCCUGGGAAUGCUUCUCAAGUAUUCCUCUGGACAGUGGAUCCUGCCUGAAGAGAGGACACUGGUUGGUGCUCUGGAUCUGGGUGGGGCCUCCACCCAGAUCAGCUUCGUGCCUCAGGGCCCCAUCCUGGACCAGAGCACCCAGGCUACCUUCCGUCUGUACGGUGCCAACUACAGCAUCUAUACUCACAGCUACCUCUGCUUCGGGCGGGACCAGGUCCUGAUAAGGCUCCUGGCUGAGCUGGCACAGGUUAGGCUGAACAGCUCGGUAGCCCUGGUCAGACACCCAUGCUACCAUAGCGGCUACCAGGCCACACUGCCACUGGCUCCUCUGCAUGAGUCGCCCUGUGUCCACACUACAGAUUCCCUGAACCUCACCCAGAACCUCACAGUUGAAGGGAUCGGCAACCCUGGGGAAUGUGUGGCAGCCCUCCGAAGUCUCUUCAACUUCUCCAGCUGUAAGGACCAAGAAGACUGUGCUUUCAAUGGAGUAUACCAGCCUCCUGUGCAUGGCCAGUUCUAUGCAUUUUCCAACUUUUACUACACUUUCGACUUUCUGAACCUCACCUCCAGGCAGCCGCUGCACAUUGUCAAUGAUACUGUCUGGAAGUUCUGUCAGAAACCCUGGAAACUGGUGGAAGCCAGCUACCCCGGGCAGGAGCGCUGGCUCCGGGACUACUGUGCCUCAGGCAUGUACAUCCUUGUAUUGCUGCUGGAGGGCUACAAAUUCAGCGAGGAGACCUGGCCCAGCAUCCAGUUCCAGAAGCAGGCAGGUGGCGUGGACAUUGGCUGGACCCUGGGCUACAUGCUGAACCUUACAGGCAUGAUUCCAGCUGAGGCACUGACCCAGUGGCGGGCUCAGAGCUACAGCAUCUGGAUGGCUGGAGUAGUAUUCGCAGUGCUGACUCUCGUGGCCAUUCUAGCAGCAGCCGCUGUCCAGCUCUUCUGGACCCAGGACUAG